CUGGUGCGCGGUCUGGCCUCUGGGAUCGGCCUCGCAUCUGAGGCCGUCUAUCACCAUAAGCAGAAGAAGGGGAAGAAUGAAAAAGGCGACUCGGACACUAUUCACACAGAACGAGCAGAACUAUUCACACCGACCCAAUACGACGAGCACCAGGCCGCCCUUUCAAGGGAAGUUGACGAGGCCUCAUGGCAGCUCGACGAGGUGCAAGACAGCAUCAGACAGGCAGAUCCUCCCCAGUACGCCGAAUACGACCACCAGCAGCCUCAACUCGCCGAGACGUUCUUGCGAAACCACCCUCUGCCCGAGGCGAUGCCUACAGAACCCCCCAAACUGGCUCUCCCGGUGAUUAUCACCCAGCGACGACCAGGAGAGCGGGCAAGAGGUUUCCUCCGUGCAUAUGCGCCCGUCCUCGCGGACGUCGGCAUCGACCAGAAGACCUUCCUCGAGUUCAUGGACGAUCUGAACAAAGCCGUCAUGCCAAACGGCUUGAUCCAAGCCGUCAAUCUGGCAGCACUGGCAGGCCACGCUGCCCCAGCACCCGCUGCCCUCGCGAUCGCCAUUACGCUCAAGAUAGCCACUGAAAUGGCAGACGCAGCGCACAGCCGGUACAAGACCAACGGCUUUCUCGACCGCGUCAACGAGUCCUUCUUUGCGCCGCGGGGGCUCGUUGCGCUCAUCAUGACCUGGCGACCGGGCCAGUCGGGCGAGAUGGUCACGACAGUCGACGUGGACAAGAUGGAGGACUCCAUCGCGUCCGCAGCGAAUUACAACGCGGAUGAGAACGGCUCGUUCCAAAGGUUCAGGCACAAGUUCGCGCAGUCCAGCGGUGCCACGGCCUUUGAAUGGCCCGAGACAGCACCGCUCGUAUUCCCCGUUCUGGACGAUCUGGCAGGAGAUGCGGAGAAGGAGAAGAAGCAGAAUGCCCUGAAGCGAUCGAGCAACUUUGUCGCCGAGUACAUGGACCGCAGAGGUCGUGCAAAAUGGACAGGCAAGAACCCAGACAGCGAAAUGGCCAACAUGGCGCCCAAGGCGGAAUUCCACUCGCGGUAUUCCGAUCCCAACCAUCCUGCCAGCUGUGGUGAUCCGAUCGCGCUGUUGACUGGAGGGCAUCUCCAGGGUCUUGGAGGUCUCGGUGGUCUUCGUGGUGGUCAACUAGGCAGGCGAGGGAGAGAAAGAUUGCCUGUUGGUGCAGCGACAGUGAUCCCGAUGGCGAAGAGGCUAUUUGAAAAGGUGAGUUCUCAUUAA